UAUUAUCUCGGAUCAUCGCAUUUCCCUUUCCCUUCUCCGAAUCAAGAGAAUUUUAGAACGAUGCAUAUAGCUGUUCUUGACAAAAAUCUGUAAAAAAAGGUUUGGUUUGUUUCUUGAAAGUUAAGAAGCCGAGGAGAGUUUAAGCUUUUGCAAAAAAGAUCAGAAUGACGUUUUCCAUGAGAGAUCUAGAUCAGGCUCUCCAAGGAUGUGGCCAGAAAUCUGGGGUUGAGAUAUGGCGCAUCGAGAACUUCAAACCUGUCGCUGUUCCAAAAGAGUCUCAUGGUAGAUUCUUCACCGGAGACUCCUAUAUAGUCUUAAAGACCACAUCGUCAAGAAACGGUUCCUUGCAUCACGACAUUCACUACUGGCUCGGUAAAGAUUCCAGUCAGGACGAAGCUGGUGCUGUAGCAGUCAUGACAGUUGAGCUAGAUUCAGCCUUAGGUGGGCGUGCUGUUCAGUACAGAGAAGUACAGGGUCAAGAGACUGAGAAGUUCCUUUCAUACUUCAAACCUUGCAUCAUACCUCAAGAAGGUGGAGUUGCUUCAGGGUUCAACCAUGUAAAGCCCGAGGAGCAUCAGACUCGUCUUUAUAUCUGCAAAGGCAAACAUGUUGUCCGUGUUCCGUUUGCUCGGUCGACUCUCAACCAUGAGGAUGUGUUCAUUCUUGACACAGAGUCUAAGAUUUUUCAGUUCAGUGGUUCAAAUUCGAGUAUUCAAGAAAGAGCAAAAGCUCUUGAGGUUGUUCAGUACAUUAAAGACACUUACCAUGAUGGGAAGUGCGAUAUCGCAGCGGUUGAGGAUGGGAGGAUGAUGGCUGAUGCUGAAGCUGGAGAGUUUUGGGGUUUGUUUGGUGGGUUUGCUCCGCUUCCUAAGAAACCAGCACUCAAUGAUGACAACAAAACCGCAGAGUCUGAUGGAAUCAAACUCUUCAGUGUUGACAAGGGAAAGACAGAAGCAGUAGAGGCUGAGUCUUUGGAGAAAGAGCUUCUGGACACUAACAACUGUUACAUUCUCGAUUGUGGUCUUGAGAUGUUCGUUUGGAAAGGAAGAAAUACUUCAAUCGACCAGAGAAAGAACGCAAGUGAAGCUGCAGAAGAGUUUUUCCGUUCGUCUGAACGUCCGAAAUCGAGUCUGGUCAGUGUGAUGGAAGGUUUUGAAACAGUGAUGUUCCGGUCUAAGUUUGAUUCAUGGCCUGCUUCAAGUACAGUAGCUGAGCCCCAGCAAGGCAGAGGCAAAGUUGCAGCUCUUUUGAAACGGCAAGGAGUUAACGUUCAAGGCUUGGUUAAGACUUCUUCUUCUUCUUCUAAAGACGAACCUAAGUCAUACAUUGAUGGUACAGGAGAUCUCCAGGUGUGGCGAAUCAAUGGCGAGGAAAAGAUCCUUCUCGAAGCAGCGGAGCAAUCCAAGUUCUAUAGUGGAGAUUGUUAUAUAUUCCAGUACUCGUAUCCUGGAGAAGACAGAGAGGAACAUCUAGUUGGUACUUGGUUAGGAAAGCAAAGCGUCGAGGAAGACAGAGCAACUGCUAUUUCAAUGGCAAGCAAGAUGGUUGAAUCCAUGAAGUUUAUGGCUGCUCAGGCUCGCAUUUAUGAGGGGGAAGAACCGAUUCAGUUUUUCGUGAUCAUGCAAAGCUUCAUCACAUUUAAGGGUGGUUUAAGUGAUGCUUUCAAAAAGCACAUAGCAGAGAACGAAAUCCCUGAUACUACUUACGAUGCAGAUGGUGUUGCGCUGUUUAGGGUUCAAGGUUCUGCACCUGAGAACAUGCAAGCCAUACAGAUAGAUGCGGUGUCCACAGGGUUAAAUUCUUCGCACUGUUAUAUAUUACAUGGUGAUUCUACUGUUUUCACUUGGUGUGGAAACCUAACUUCCUCGGAAGAUAAAGAACUUAUGGAAAGAAUGUUGGAUCUGAUUAAGCCAAAUGAACCCACCAAGGCACAUAAGGAAGGUUCAGAGUCUGAUCAGUUUUGGGAAUUGUUAGGAGGAAAAUUAGAAUAUCCGAACCAAAAGAUGAAAAAAGAUGGAGAGAGUGAUCCUCAUCUCUUCUCUUGCACACUCUCAAACGAGAUCUUUAACUUCACUCAAGAUGAUUUGAUGACUGAAGAUAUCUUCGUUCUUGAUUGUCACACUGAGAUCUUUGUCUGGGUGGGGCAACAAGUCGACCCAAAGAAGAAACCGCAAGUUUUAGCCAUCGGAGAGAAAUUCCUUAAGCAUGAUUUCCUUCUAGAGAAUCUAGCAAGCGAAACACCGAUAUACAUUGUCACAGAAGGAAACGAACCUCCAUUUUUCACUCGGUUCUUCACUUGGGACGCUUCUAAAUCUGCAAUGCAUGGAAACUCUUACCAGAGAAAGCUUGCAAUCUUGACAAACAAAGGAAAGCCGCUUCUAGAUAAACCUAAAAGGAGAGUAGUAGCAGUGUACAGCAGCCGGUCAAGCGUCCCAGACAAAGCGCAGCCGCGGUCGAGAAGUAUGACCUUUAGUCCAGACAGAGCCCGUGUGAGAGGACGGUCUCCAGCUUUCAACGCACUUGCUGCAAACUUUGAGAACAUCAACACAAGAAACCAAUCAACUCCACCACCUAUGGUUAGCCCAAUGGUCCGGAAGCUUUACCCUAAGUCUCUCGCACCAGACCUCACCAAGCUCGCCCCUAAAUCCUCAGCUAUCGCUGCCCGCACCGCGCUUUUCGAGCGAUCUCGGCCUACACCUCAAGAACCACCAACUAGCCCCGGUUUAUCCGAAGCUACAAACGAAGCGGAGGCGCCAAAGCCGACAUCAGAGACGGCAGAGGAAGAAUCAAUGAGCAGCAUUCAUGAAGAUUCAAAAGAAGAUGAAGCAGAAGAAGAAAGCAGCCUCCCUACUUUCCCAUACGAACGCCUUAAAACCGACUCAGAGGAUCCUGCUGAAGAUAUCGACCUCACUAGAAGAGAGGCAUACAUGACUUCAGCAGAGUUCAAGGAGAAAUUUGAGAUGACAAAGAACGAGUUCUAUAAACUGCCCAAAAACAAUAAUUACAUCACGCAGCCAAAAGAGAGACUCUACGUUUCUGUGCUCUCCAUGGCGACGGAGCGUCCUUCUUUCGAGCUCGCCAAAGGCAUCAAUGGCCUCGACAAAAUCGUUAUCCGCGAGUCUCGUAGCCGCUCCGCCGAGGUAUACUUGUAUGGCGGUCAUGUGACUUCUUGGAAGAAUGAGAACGGAGAGGAGUUACUUUACCUCAGUAGCAAGUUCAGUAACCUUGGUGCACUCGAAUCACAUGGAUUCGCUAGAAACAGGAUCUGGGAAGUUGAUGCUACCCCACCUCCUUUGCCAACGAACUCUUCUUCUAAUGCUUUCGUUGACCUGAUCCUGAGGCCAAGUGAAGACGACCUGAAGAUAUGGCCUCACAAUUUUGAGUUCCGGAUGAGGGUAGCCUUGGGAUCUGAAGGAGAAUUGACACUGACAUCUCGUAUCAGGAACACCAACUCUGAUGGAAAGCCGUUUACAUUCACAUUUGCUUAUCACACCUAUUUCGCUGUCUCGGACAUCAGCACUCCAACAAAGAUUGCUAUUCUGGACCACGAGAAAAAGAGGACUUUCGUUGUACGCAAGGACGGGCUUGCUGAUGCUGUGGUGUGGAAUCCUUGGGAGAAGAAGUCAAAGGCGAUCUCUGACUUGGGAGAUGAGGACUAUAAGCAAAUGCUGUGUGUUGAAGCUGCGGCUAUCGAAAGACCGAUAACAUUGAAACCCGGUGAAGAAUGGAAAGGGAGACUCGAACUCUCUGCGGUUCCUUCUAGUUACUCCAGUGGACAGCUUGACCCUAAGAAAGUCCUCCAUGCUAUGAAGAAACGAGUGAAGGAAGGCGUGAAGAGAUGAUCAUCGGAUUAUACUAUAAAAAAAAAGAAACUGAGAUCGAAUAAAAAUCUUGCUUCGUAGUUCUCUUUUGUAACCACAGAAAAUCACACAAUUCGCGAAUCAAGAUAAGAAACUAGCACCCGAUUAUUCCAAAUUGUCACAUAAUUAUAUUUAUUGAUAUAUUCGACUACCAGCAACAUGGCCGCCAUUAGCAGCAUGAAAUCCAAAUCCUUGGUGAUCGAAGAGCUUGUUUAUUUGCUUAUAUAUUGAAUGUGUUGAAUAAAAUCAAUGUCUCGUUUUUUAUUAUUAUUAUGCUUGGUACCAACUAUGCUAGACCAAACUCUCUGUUUCAUCAGGGUUAUUUGUUUGAAUGGUAUUCAGUUUUUCACGUUUUUAAAAAAUGUGAUACUAUUAGUUUUAAAUAUUUAUAUUAUUUUUAAUAUCUUUGUAUUUAUGAUUUUGUUAGCGGAUUAAAAAUAUUACUAGAAAAAAUGUAAUUAUAUUAUUAAAAAAAAUUUCAGUGU